AUGACCAACUUUCGCGACCUUCCCAGCGAACUUCGCAACCGGAUUUAUCAGCUAUGUUUAUUAGAGCAAGAACCUAUUGAUCCUUAUUCUCAUUGGAGUCCACGAGAGGGGCUUACACCUGGGCUCCUCCGUGUAAACAAGACAGUCCACCGCGAAGCCAGCCCGUUGUUCUACGCUCACAAUCGCUUCGAUUUUACCCUGGCCACCCCUGAGCAGGUAGCCUCAUUCCUCGGGACGAUUGGCUCUAACAACGCAAACUAUAUCCAACAUAUUCAUGUCGACUUUCCGAUUUUCCGCGAUCUAGAAUCAGGCAAUAUCACCCUCGAGGAGGGUAGCAUGGGCGUCUUUGCGAACAUCCAGAAUAUCUGCACCAAUUUAAGCACGCUCACGACACAUGUAUACAGCACAAAUGACACAGUAAUGAAGCUCGACGCUCUAGACGACCCCAAAAUCGCUACCGAGGCGUUAACGCUCGUCAAUACUCGCUUUAGAGCCAUUUUGUCCCUACGAGAUAUUAAUGUCGAGGUGUAUAAAUACGGCCCAAGCGAAGAUAUAAAAAGCAAAAUGGAAAAUCUCGGAUGGACAGUUAGUGCAACAUUUGUCGAGGAGUGGGACCCCGCAGGCAGAUCUUUCAGCGACGACGCAGAUGACUGGGAUCGUGAUUAUGGCUAUGAUGAUGAUGACAAUGACUCUUAUGACAUUGACAAUGAUAGUGACUUUUGGAGAAGGGCGGGGGACUGA